AUGUACACAGGCACAAUUUCAGUCAUCUAUGGUCCAAUGUUUUCUGGUAAAACAAGCGAGCUCAUGAGAUUGGUCAAGAGAUUUACAAUUUCCGAAAGGAAGUGUGUAGUGUUAAAUUAUGCAAACGAUAACAGAUACUCAGGGGAAUAAUGUAUUUCAAGUCAUGACAAACAAUUUUUGAGAGCAAUAAAAGUAUGCAAAUUGAAUGAAGCUUACGAGAAGUGCAAGGAAAGCGAUGUGGUAGCAAUUGAUGAGGGUUAAUUCUUCUAAGAUAUUGUGGAAUUUAGUGAGAAGAUGGCAAAUUUAGGGAAGAUUGUAAUUGUGGCUGCUUUGGAUGGAACCUUUGACAGGAAGCCUUUUCAUAACAUCUUAAACCUAAUUCCUUUGGCUGAGCGCAUAACCAAACUCACAGCAGUCUGUUGGUUUUGCAAGAGAGAAAAUGCAUCAUUUACUAAAAGAAUAGUAUAAUCUAAAGAGAUUGAAUUGAUUGGCGGUGAGGAUUGCUACAAACCAGCUUGUAGGCUAUGUUUCCAUCUGGCAGAGAGUCAAUUGAAAGGUCAACCCAUAGCAUAGACUUAAUUCGUUAAUUAAGAGAAUCAUUACGACCAAAAUAACUUGAUUUGCUGAACAAACACUAUAAUUAAUUUAUAUUUUUUAUUAUUAAACCAUCA